CACAGUCACCAAUCCUCGGGCUGACACCAUUUUUGCCGUUUUCGCGGAGAAGCAGACACGACCACUGGAGACCGAGCACAUUCGCCAGCAACUGGCGACUAGCAGUCUCGGCGGUAAGGAGGAUGUUCUGGCUGUGCGCUUUGUCACAGCUGCCCUCGCGAAGAGGGACAAAGUUUCCGUUCCGCCCGUUACAAUUUCUCUUUCUGCUACCAUUAAGCAGCUGCAUGAACUCGCCGCCAAACAUACGAACUUACCUGCCGUCUUCGAAGCUGACAAAGUGAACAACGAGUGUAACUGCAACCUUGCCAAGCAGAUAGCUGAGGGACCGAGCUCGACCAAGGAUUUUUUUCUCGUUCAUGGCAAGAGCAUCGUGAAGCGCAUCGUCCUCAAUGAGCCUUCCGAAACUGCAGUAGACGUAGCUAUUCAGUCUGAGCUGGGCCUCAGCGUCUUCGCCGAUAGGAAGAUUUUUCGCCACAGUGGAGAAUCGCAGUCUGGUCAAUACACCAGGCUUCCAACGGUAGCCAUAUGCUCCAAAGAGCGUCAUGUUCCGGUUCAUUCUCGCACUGUCGAAGUAGACGACGGUGAUGAGCGCAGGUACCGUUUGGUCGACUUACAUACGGCAGAGCAGCCCAUCAGUGCACUCAGCAUGAGUGCGACACUUUCAGAUGCUGGACUGACCGAUUUGGCUUUGGAUGGCAUCGUGGACAUUUUCGUUGUCAACAGAGCGACCACUGGAUCGGCAUGUAACGGUAUCGGUCAGAGCGUAAUCUUUCGCGCUCGACCGCACUGGGAGCCCACUGUGCCUCAAAAUGCACGAGGCACUGCCAUGUUCCUUUCUUCGCUACGCGUCUUCGCGUCUCUAGUGCCCAGCGAAACUACUGAUGCGAGAAUGAAGGAUGCUGUUCUACAUGUUGCAGACCUCAUACUACGGUUUCCGCCGUGUACUCGGGCUCUGCACCUGCUUUUUGAUGGCAAGACUCUAGCUCCAUCCGAGAGUGCAGCUGUCGCACAAGCGGUGUAUGAGACAUUGCACGGCAUCCUUAUGCCCAUUGGCAUCAUCGGCACCGACACAGAUCGCGUGUUCGAAGGCGCUCGAUUGCUGUUUGGAUUCAUCCUAGAGAAGGCUCGGACCCUCAAGCUUUCCUUGUCGACGGUAGCCGAGGGUGACGAGUUGCCGUAUCUGGCAUCGUUCAAGACCAUCGAUAUGAAAGACUUCCAGACGGCCGAGCCUGUUAUUGAUCCUGUUCAGACAAUCUCAGGAGUCCUCGAGCGCUCUCUUUUUGAGGCGUUCAACCCGGGAGGUGUGCUAUGCACGAGCCACUUGCAGCCUCGACUCGCAGAGGUGGACAUACUGCCAUCUACUCGACGGCACACGUUGCUUGCUGGGGGUGUCUCGGGGGACGUUACGAUCUUUGACACGCGCCGACUCGCGCUUGACUACCGCUAUCCUGAUACUGGAGAUAUUGAGGCAGGUAUUGACACCAACGAACUUUCCCAGCUGAGCCAUCUUGCAGAAGUAGCUGCACGCAACCAGCUAUCAGUUCACAGCCCAGCCCAGUUGGCAUCCGCAGUCGCGCCUUGCCUUACAUUCGACCGGGCGGCUCAUCUGGCAGUAUACACUGGGCAGCAAGCUUGCGGCACACCAGGAGAGUCCAACCUCGUAUUCCAGCCGAUGCAUGGAGAGAGCACCAUGAAUGCGACCGUCAUUGAGCAGCUGAUAGCCCCCAUUCUCAAGCUCUAUGAGUCUAACGGGUCUAUUAUCUUCGACUCUUAUGGGGGCGCGGUGCUUCGGCGUCUGCAGGACCCGGAUGAAUUACUCUUCUUCUGCGUGGACACGAGCUUUUCGAUGCAGUCGUCGAGCGACUUCAAAGAGGUCCAUGAGCAGUCACCCAUAUCCGAGGAACAGUUCACACCUGAUGCUAUCGUAGAAGUUGAGCUCUAUGGUAUAGUGUCGUUCGACGACAUGAAGGAUUUCCUGGGAAGUCAUGAGGCUUUUGGAGAUAUGCUGGCUAUCGUAUCCCGGGGUCAUGAUCUGGACCAUCAACGCGGUCUUGCAUCAAAUGUCAUUUCCCUGUUGCGUAUGCUUGUGGGCAAUGAGCUUGUUGCAAAGCACGAGCAACUGCAGAGCGAUCGUGAAAAUGCCGGAAGUUACUAUGCCCGUCAAGCUGUCGCCGAGGCCGAUUCAUCGUUGAGGAGAACGAAAACUCACUGGGCCGGCUUGAAAACACACGAGGAGGCCCUUCAAGACUUCCUGAUCUACCGAGCAACGACCUCGUCUGACGUCAACGCCGAUUGGCAGUGGAAUGCAGGUGGAGAUCUACCUGGUGCAGUUCCUCCAACUCGUCUUUCCAGUCUCCCAGAAGCAAUCACCAAUGUCCCGGACGCCUUCAUGUGCCCCAUCUCACGCGGAUUGAUGGAGGAUGCUGUGAAGGCAUCAGACGGGUUCACGUACUCCAGGGCAGCCAUUGAGCAAUGGUUCGCGAUCCGAACAUCCUCUCCAAUGACAGGCCUACCACUACAAGAUACGAACGUCACUUCAAACGACGAUAUCGCGUCAGCUGUUGCGAACUGGACCAAAUCGACCGAUUUGCAGGAGACGCCACAGUCGCCGGCCAAGAAGAAGAUCCGUCUGGCCGCCCCAAAGCGCAUCACCGUCACCUUUCUCAGCAAGGAUGGUAAGUUCAAGCGCGACAUAACCCCUCAGACCACGAUCUUCGGCCUAUACCAAAUCGCCUUUCGGGGCAUGAGAGCACGCUUCAUGGUGUUCCAGCUUGCUUUGGACAACACUACGACUUUGUGGCCCCCGAACUCCUCACAGGCAAACUCAAAAGGCAUCCGCAACGGCGAACAAAUCACUGUUCGGAUCGCCGACGAGACGACCGCACACAGUGCUUCUGCCGGAAGCGCACAGGACCAUGCUCUCAUCAAGGUGUAUCAUGAAUACAAGUUGCUAUUUUCCUUUUGGGUGCCAAGGCAAACAUCGAAUACACUCGAAACCAUUAUCUGGAAGUAUUGGCGACACAAUCUGGGAGUGAACGGCCACCAGGGGGUGGGAGACGUUGAGGUCUGGAGCGAUCUCACUUCCAGCGGUGAUAAUCGUAUGACCGGAUAUUUUCACGCUCACACCGAUAGCCUCGCUCACUUCCUGAACAUAAGUCACUGCCAUGGUAAGUUAGAAGACGAGCCACUCUGCGCUGAGCAUGGCGUAGAGGGGUUCAACGCCGCAGUCUCCAGCACUGCGCAGCCGUUAGUGUUGAAGGUCAUGAUAGGUGCUCCCACUUCGAAGUCAAACCGUGACAGAGAGGGUUCUGAAAUGACUCGGCUUGACGUUCUGAAGCAGAUGUUCGAGGCUUAUAUCAAUCGUGCCAUUGCAUAUGGUUACAAGACGCACAUGGGCCUGGUCACGUUUGACUCCGUUGCAACUGUCAAAACUUCUUUGACGCAUGUUGUCGAGAACUUCCGUCGCUCGACGGCCAUGAUGGAAGCUACUGGUGACACAUCACUGUGGGAUGCCCUCGCGCUCUGCAGGGAUCAAUUGAACGAAUCUGCCAAAAAGUAUCCAGGCGCCAAGAAGAGAAUUAUCGUCAUCAGCGACGGGAAGGACACCAAGUCUAUGGUCAACAAACCUGGGCCACUUGCUUUCGACUUUCGCCAGGACAAGACCAUUGUAGAUUCCGUCAACAUUGGCGAUGAGAACAGCCGGGGCCUCCGCACUCUCUCGGAGCUUACUGGCGGAUAUCGGUUCAAGCCGACAUCUCUUGUCAAUGCUCUGUCCAUGGUGGAGUUGGAGCCUUUCCUAUCACUCACAGAGCGCCCAGACACUGCCACCAUCCUGCCAACUGGUGCUCCCUCGUACCGUGCCUCGUUCCAACAUUGGUUCAAGGCUUACAAGCACUCAUCUCGUAUCACGCCGUUUGGCAUCGACAAUUAUCCUCCUCGCAGAGAACAUACCAAUCUUCACGACGACUUCAUUGAGCUCACCGCAGCCUCCAGUCGCCCAGCCAUCGCGCCACAGGAUGCCUCUCGAAGUCAUUUGCGAACCGCGAGGCUCAUGAACGAGAUGAAGUCCAUGCUCGUCAGCAGUGGUCAACGCAUGUACGACGUCUACGUAUCAGAAAGCGACAUGAGCUUUUGGAAAGUAGUCAUGAUGGGACCCGAAGGGAGUGCGUACGAAAACGGCACAUUCCUCCUGUAUCUGCACGCAGCCGAGAACUACCCCACUUUUGCCCCCGAAGUCCGCUUUGUCACGCGCAUCAUGCACCCCAACAUCAACGCUCACGGACGCAUCUGCCACGCUCUCCUAGGCCGUGACUGGACCUCGGACAUCACCAUGACCGCUCUUCUCGACACCGUUUUCGGCCUGUUGAUGCAGGCCGAGCUCAGCGAUCCGAUCAAUACUACCACGACGCUCGAUUAUCACCACGACCAAAUCGAUUUUGCGGAUGAGGUUCGGAACCACGUUACCAAGCAUGCGUCGAGGAGUCGCUCGCAGUGGAAGAGGGAGUUGGUGGAU